AAAUCCAUGAUAAUUUAAAAAUUAUUUCUUGACCUGAAUAUAUAUAUUUUUUGAGCAUAUUAUAAAGUUGUUUAUAAAUAAAUAGUAUUUUUAAAUAUUCACAAUGAGCAAAUUAAGUGACUCAAGAUAUAAACGUAGAAGAUCAGAAUCUUGUGAAAGAGAAGCCCUUGAAUAUAGUAAAAGAAGAAGAUCACCUCGAAAUAGUCCAACAAGAGCUUCUCUAAGUUACCCUGAAUGUUUUAGUUUUUUAAACUAUAAGCGAAACUUGAAUAAAAUAAUUCUAUACAAUAAUGAUACAAACACAGUUGCAAAUAGUAUUGAUGAUUUUUGGGUAUUUGUCAAAAAAUAUGAAGCCACUCUAAGAAAAGUUCACAAACCACUUCUAUCUUAUGAAUCUGAAGAAAAAAAAGUAAAUGAUUUGGGAAUAUCAGAAACUUUUUCAAAAGGUGAUUGUAUUAACUUUACAUCGAAAAUAAAAUUUAUGGAUUCCGUUUAUGAUGAAGGAGAUAAGAACAGACUUAAUGAAAAAAAGUUUAAGGUUUUUCUCAAUAUAAUUUCAAUUUACAUUGAUUUUAAAAAUAAGGAGAAGUUUGAAAAACUAAAAAAGCUACGGAAAGCUCAGAGGGACUUACCGGUUGCAAAGUUUAGAAGUGAUAUAGUAAAAGCGGUGCAGAAUGAAAAAGUUGUUGUUGUUGCUGGAGACACUGGUUGUGGUAAAUCAACCCAAGUACCACAAUAUCUACAUGAAGCUGGAUUUCAAAAUAUUGCAUGCACACAACCCAGAAGGAUUGCAUGUAUCUCCUUAUCAAAGAGGGUGGCUUAUGAAAUGCUUGCUCAAUAUGAAACAAAAGUCGGUUAUCAAAUUAGAUUUGAAAAGAGCAAGACUGCUGAUACUAGCAUUUGUUUUAUAACAGAGGGACUUUUAUUGCGACAGAUGUCGUCGGAGAAUUUGCCGAACUACGAUGUUAUAAUCCUAGACGAAAUACACGAACGACAUUUAAUGGGCGAUUUUCUUUUGGGCGUGCUUAAAUGCCUCAUACACACGCGCACUGAUAUUAAACUUGUUCUUAUGUCAGCUACAAUCAAUAUAAAACUCUUUGAAGACUAUUUCAGUGCUGAAUCUGCUGUUGUUAUUCAAGUACCAGGCAGGUUAUUUCCAAUUCAACUGCACUAUAAGCCGAUAUUAAUCGAAGAUAAACCCACAAGAGAUGAUCGUCUCGACCCACAGCCGUACGUCCAGAUUAUGCAUAUGAUAGACAACAAAUUUCCAAGUGAUGAAAGAGGCGACCUAUUAAUAUUCAUGUCCGGAGUGCAAGAAAUUACAUCUAUUUGUGAUGCGGCUCAACAGUAUGCGGAAAAGAAUAAAAAUUGGAUAGUUCUGCCUUUACAUAGUGGACUGUCGUUGGUUGAACAAGAUAAGGUAUUUGAUUACCCUCCGGAAGGAGUGCGGAAGUGCAUAAUAUCUACGAACAUAGCUGAAACAUCAGUCACCAUAGAUGGUAUACGUUUCGUUGUUGAUUCUGGAAAGGUAAAAGAAAUGAGUUAUGAUUCGUCAACUAAAAUGCAGAGAUUAAAAGAAUUUUGGAUUUCCAAAGCAAGUGCUGAUCAGAGAAAAGGGAGGGCAGGAAGAACGGGUCCGGGAGUCUGCUAUCGUAUAUACGCCGAGCAGCAGUACACAGAUAUGGAUGCCUUCAGUACACCUGAAGUGUCCAGGGUUCCUUUGGCGUCUUUACUGCUUCUCAUGAGCUCCUUGGGGGUUAACGAUGUUAGGCGGUUUCCAUUUAUAGACACACCUCCAGAAGAUGCAAUCGAAAAUGCUUUAUUGGAGUUGAAGCAACAUGGGGCCCUAACGUCAAAUGAAAAACUAACACCACUAGGCAAAGCUUUAGCGAACUUACCAGUGGAGGUGUCUUUGGCUAAAGCUUUAGUGAUAGGAAGUGCCACCUUACCACCCAAUAAGUUGGACUCUGCGCUUGCGUUGACUGCGGCUUUGGGGAUACGCUCUAUUUUUACGACACGUGCGCAUCGUGACUUUGAGUGCGAGAAUUCCAGAAAACCAGACGAAUCGGAUCACGGUGAUCCAAUAACGCUAGUAUCGUUAUACUGUGCGUGGUUGAAGGAGAAAUGUAAGGGUGGGGGGCGAGCCUGGUGUAGACGUCGGGGCAUAGAGGAGCAAAGAUUGUACGAGCUGACUAAACUAGCUGCUCAACUGAAAGCAUUGUUGCAGGAUAACAACCUAAUGGAGGCUCCCGAAACAGAAUCAAUGACAUCUACUGAAAGAGCGAUGCGACACGGACAGAUGAAACAAUUAAAAGAUAUGAGGAGACAGUAUAAGCAAAAAGCGGCUGAAGACUCAAAGAAACGAAAGCGCUUAAAAGUUGACUCCUGGGAAAUAGUUGACGAUAAAGAUGACAACAGUAUAGAUAUAAGGGAUAUUGAGUUUCGAUUGAGUAAUGAUGCAAAUAGAAUACAAUCUUUGAUUAAUGGGUCCAGUACGUCCAGUGGGAGGGACCUGGCUAUGUUGAAGAUUGUGCUAUGUCGUGCCCUGUACCCACAAAUAGCAGUUGCCGAUGAGUUCAAUCAUUGCAAGUCAGUUUCCGAACAAUUAUACCAUACUUGGAGUAAACCGUUCGUAUUUCUUCACCCGACGUCAUACUUUGGCAAGCAAGGCCGAGUGCUUCAACUAGUCGAGGAGGACAUACAAACAGAUAUACUUGGGUUUAAAAGCAAGCUCCCCGUUUCAUCGAGACAUCAGAUAUUAUGCUAUUUAUCCUUACUAGAAACGACUAAGCCAUAUAUAGUGAAUUCAAUGCGUAUGCCGGCUGCGCAGACGCUGUUAUUACUCGCCCAUACUAUUGAUACUAAUUUUGGAUUUUCAAGAAUAAUAUGCGAUUCGUGGCUGUUAUUGGAGUUUCCGUACCCUGACACUGGCUUGAAAUUACUAUACAAAGCAACAAAAUUGAGACAAAGAUGGGAUGCGUUAAUAAAUAGACGGUUAUUAGAUGCAAACCCAAAUAAAUCAGUGGAAAGUGAAUUAGAAAAAAAUAAACCUAGGCUCUCGUAUGACGAAAUUCAGUACGAAUUGUCUAAGGAUUUUAGUUCGUAUCUAAACAGCGAUGUUUGUUAUACGAUAAAAAGGCUUUUGCCAGCGGAUCUAAAGGCUCUAUACAAUUGUGAGGAACAAGCCAAUGUGGACCCUAAUCCGUUUGAUUUAGAGUUCAAAUGUCGACCUCAUGACAAGAAGGGUGGAGUUUAUAUCACGGAUAAUGUGGUGUUUAAUUGUGUCGUGGAUUCCGAUUGGAGCUACAACUCUUACCAAGAAACAUAUUCAAUACCGUGGAAUUGUCCGAAUUGCGGCAUAACUGUGUGUCUGUCUCCUUUAGAACGACUACAGCACACCGAAUUCACAUGUUCCGUGAAAGAAGAGAAAGAGAUAAAACCAAUUGUAAAGCAAAAUAAACCCAAUGGAACAGAAUAUAAAUGUGAGAAUUGUAAAGAGAUAUUGUAUAUGACACCCGUUGAAAUAUUGAGGCAUAAAAAGAGUUGUAGAUAA